AUUUCACCUCUUUCUGAUGGGUGAUUGCUGUUGCAGGCAGGCGCUCGUACUGCACAGAGUAAAGCGGGGCUGAAGUCCAGAGGGACAGACAGCAGGAGCAACGCUGGAAGAAUAAAGUGUCGCACAAUAAUGUCCCACAAAACCUCUUCACUGUUCCCGGGUGACGUGGAGAACUUACCAAGAAUAUCCGAGGCUGAUUCUUCAUCAGAGACCUGUGUCCAUCAGGAACAGCAUCAUUGGUAUCCACGGCGACUCUCCCAGACUGACAGACUCUGUGUCGGGCACCAUCAUCCCGAGAUAGGCGCUGCUGAGACACCCUCCCCAGAUGCUUCUGCACACCACUUCUGCCACUACACGCCGAAAUGUUUUCUUGCUGUCCACAAAGGGGGCCAUGUCACCUCAGCCCGGUCUUCUCCACCCCGCAAUGGAGAAGAGGGAUGGCAUGAAUGCACCACAAGGACCACAAUCAGAGUUGACAAUGAGGUGGAGGCACACAGGGAGGCCAACAACUACAAGUUUGGUUUCAGAAAAUGGAAGGCCAAUGUAACGGAGAAGCCCAUUGAAGACAGAUCGGAGAGCAUGAAAGAGCUGUACUCUGACCUUAGUGUUGUUAAGGUUCAAGAAGGUUCACUGGUUACCUUGGGGAACAUAGGCUAUGUAUUUUUAUUUGGGUGGUGGAUAGCAUUAGUCUACAUCCUCAUUUGUGCUGUCAUGGUUCUGACAGUCACAGGUGCUCCUUAUGGAAAAGUUUGCUUCGAUGUGGCGUGGUACUUUAUUUGGCCGUUUGGAAAGUGUAUUGAAAAGGUUGUUCCUCAAGAGGACACCGAGCACCUUGUUGUGGACAAGGAUUCUGCACCCAUUCUAGUGUCUUCUCCACUUCCAAUCCAGAUCCAUGUCCCAGCGCUGCCAGCAAAGAAUACUUCAAAGUAUUGGUGUCGUAUAAGUACUUAUAUUUGGUUGUUACUGGGUUACCCUGUCCUGGCUGUUGUGCACUGUCUUGCCUGUGUGCUCUCUUGGUUGCUGGUCUUCACCAUCCCAGUAGCAAAAAUCAAUGCUCGUAUGCUGACCACUGUCCUCCUGAUGGCACCAGAGGACCUUCGGAUCCACUCACUGGAAAAGGAGAAGGGAUGUGGAACCAGGGUUAUCUUAUGCUGUUAUCAAGCUUUGAAUAUGCAUUACUACAAAUACACCAUCCACGGUAUCAACAUAUUUGCCCUCAACCUGCUUCCAUUGGUAUUUGUCACUUUGAUCAUUGGUUAUACUGACCAAGAACACAAUUACUUCAGAGCUGAGACCAAGUUUGUCAUAGCCAUCAUGUCCAUCAUUCCCCUGUCUUAUUAUAUCGGCAUGGGAAUAGCCAGCAUUUCUGCACAGUGUAACUUUGCAGUGGGAGCAGUGGUGAACGCAACUUUUGGCUCCAUCACAGAGAUGACGUUUUACAUCACAGCAUUGCUUCGGGGACAUCGUGCCGCCACCAAAUGUUAUGAAGAGGUUGUCAAAGCUGCGUUAACCGGCACCUUACUUGGAUGCAUACUGUUCAUACCGGGUAUAUGUAUGAUCAUCGGGGGUAUCAAACACCAGGAGCAGCGAUUUAAUAGCCGUUCAGCUGGAGUGAGCUCAGCUUUGCUCUUCAUCUCCACUGGAGGUGUGUUUGCACCUACCCUAUUUUCAAAGACCUUUGGUAAUCAGGUGUGUGAAAGCUGCAGCAAUGUUUCAGGCAAUGCCAGUGUGCCCUUCAUCUGUACAAACUGUCACUAUGACAUGAGUCAAAGUGACCCACAUUUGAUUCUGUCCCAUAUUGAGCCUCUGGUGUACACAAUUUCUGUCCUCCUGCCUGCUGCAUACCUGAUUGGCCUCAUCUUCACACUGAAGACCCAUUCCCACAUCUAUGAUAUCCAUAUCAGCGAUGGUCAUGGGGGCCAUGCACACGGUCACCAUGUUGUCCACUGGUCCCGGUGGAGGGCUCUUGGAGUGCUGAUUGUUGCUACAGUGCUGAUGGCUUGCUGUGCUGACCUCUGCACUGAGAACAUCAAGCCCUUUCUGUCACAUUCCUCCAUCUCCCAGUACUUCAUUGGCGUCACAGUGUUGGCCAUGGUGCCAGAGCUUCCUGAGAUUGUCAAUGGAAUUCUCUUUGCACUGCAAAACAAUAUCAGCCUGAGCCUUGAAGUGGGAAGUUGCAUUGCUGUGCAGGUCUGCAUGAUUCAGAUUCCACUGCUCAUCCUCUUUAACGCAUUCUAUGAUGUUGGAUUUAUGCUUGUGUUCAGUGAUGUUCAUCUAUGGGCCAGUAUCUUUGGUGUUAUUGUGGUCAACUACAUUUUCAUGGAUGGGAAAUGUGACUACUUUCAAGGCACGGCUCUAGUGGUGGUUUACCUCAUCAUUUUGGCCCUUUACUACUUUGCUCCCUCUCCACAUUCUUGUUAAUACAACAAAUAUUAAAUCUGAAAUCUUUUCCUCACUAAAGAGACAGUUUCUUUAUCUUUGAUAUGAGCUCAGAAGCACAAAUAUGGAGUAAGAAAUGUCA